GGGUGGGGUGGGGGUGGUGGUGGUGGUGCGGGAACCCCCAUCGCCGUGGCCGCCCCGCGCCGCCGCCCAGGAUGUGGUGGGACGAGCGGGUGUCGGGGAGGUUCCGGAGGAACCUGCAGCCCACCCUCACCUAUUGGAGCGUUUUCUUCAGCUUCGGCCUCUGCAUCGCCUUUUUGGGCCCCACGCUGCUGGACCUGCGCUGCCAGACCCAGAGCUCCCUCUCCCAGAUCACCUGGGUCUUCUUCUCCCAGCAGUUUUGCCUCCUGCUCGGCAGCUGCCUCGGAGGGGUCUUCAAGAGGACGUUGUCUCAGUCCUUGUUUGCACUCUUUGCCUCGUCCCUGGCAAUCUCCUUGGUCUUUGCCAUCAUCCCCCUGUGCCACAAUGUGGUGGUCCUGGCUGUGGUCAUGGCUGUGGCAGGUCUGGCCAUGGGCUGCAUCGACACCAUCUCCAACAUGCAGCUGGUGAAGAUCUACCAGAAGGACUCAGCCAUCUUCCUGCAGGCUCUUCAUUUCUUCGUGGGCUUUGGAGCUCUGCUGAGCCCACUCAUAGCUGACCCCUUCCUCUCAGACACCAACUGCAUCCUCUCCAACUCCACAGCCAAUGCCUCCAGUAACCUCCCUCACAUCCGAAAGUCCCUGCUCCCCCACCAUCCAGGGAACCUCUCCCAUUAUGACCUCCCCAUGAAGGGCAUGGUGGUCACUCGUGUCUCCUACGCCUUCUGGAUCAUGGCCCUCAUCAAUCUGCCUGUCCCCAUAGCUGUGUUUUUCCUGCUCUACAAGGAGAGGAUGGUUCCCUGCCUGCCCAGCAGCAGCCACCCACUGCUCUCAGCAGAUGAAUUGGCCAUGGAGACACGAAGGGUGGAAAAGGAGGAGCCCCCCAGUGCGGGGCAGAGAGCCCAGGCAGCACCAGGUCACGAUGACUUCUUCAGCUGCUGCCAAAGCAAAAACUUCAGAGGGGCUCCUUACACCUACUUUGCAGUCCACAUCACUGGGGCUCUUGUUCUCUUCAUGACUGAUGGGAUUGUGGGAGAAUAUUCUGGGUUCAUUUACAGCUAUGCAGUGGAAGAGCCUCUCUCUGUGGUCCAUAAAGUGGCUGGGUACCUGCCCAGCCUCUUCUGGGGAUUCAUCACUCUGGGCAGGCUCAUCUCCAUCCCCGUGUCCUACAGGAUGAAGCCAGCCACCAUGGUCUUCAUCAACGUGGUUGGAGUCCUGGUAACCUUCCUUCUGCUCCUGAUUUUCUCCCACAGCGUUGUCUUCCUGUUUGUGGGAACAGCAUCCCUGGGGCUGUUCCUCAGCAGCACUUUUCCCAGCAUGUUGGCUUACACUGAGGACAUCCUGCAGUACAGAGGCUGUGCCACCACUGUCCUGGUGACUGGAGCUGGAAUUGGGGAGAUGGUGCUACAGUUACUGGUGGGCUCGAUUAUACACGACCAGGGCAGCUACAGUUUCCUGGUCUGUGGGAUGAUCUUUGGAGGCUUGGCCUUUACCUUCUACUCUUUCCUCUUGUUUUUCCACAGGAUGUACCCCAAGCCCUCAGCAGCAGCUCUUACCUUCCAUAAAACCUCUUCAAGCUCAAGAUGGUUCUGAGGGAAAAGCCUCAAGAGAUGCCUGGGUCCAGCUGAAGGUAAGAGCAGUGAGGAGAUAAACACAGCUCAAUUCUGGGCUUGUCAUCCUUGGACUUGGAUCUGCUGUAAUUCUGCUCUAGCACCACAGGAUGCCACUGUUACUCACCUUGAGAUAGCCAGAAUGGGGAAAAAAAAAAUAGAUGUGCACAGCAAAAGCCCCUGGAGCAGUGGGUACAGAACCCCUCCCACCAUGACAACAUUCUCUCCAUCCCAGGACAGAGGAAAUGAGCAUGGAACAAUACAAUGAGGCCCUUUAUUUGGAAAGAAGUCUACUCAGAUUACACAUCUAUCACUCCAGGGACUGUCAGCUAUUAAAAACAACAACAAAAAAAAAUAAUCUAUCUUAUUAUGUCCUUGCAGAUUAAAACGUUGCUCAAUGCUCCUGCCAGAAUAAACAUCUUUUGUUAGAUGUUUGACAAUUCAAAUCUCCCUGCCAGCACUAUCUAUAUCCUGGGGUAACUCACCAAAGGGAAUUUUCACCAGGAGAAAUCACUACCUGCUCUGGCACAAAGAGCCAGGACAGCCCCUCCAGCUCUGUCUCCAUUCAAGGAAGAGGGGAAGGGCCAGGGUAGCUCAAGGUCUGAUCAACUCCCUCAUUAUCAGAAACUUUCUGUUUCCUCUACUGCAAAACAAACAGUCAAGAGAUCAGAAGCUUUGUUAAAAAUAUUUAUUUAAAAAAAUACAAUUGUUUUGCAUGUCUGGUUGCACAUAACUAUUAACAUAUGAUUGACAUGAAUAAUUUGCUACAAUGCUUUUUUAAAGCCAGCUUGCAUUAUACAAAGCAAAUCUCUCUGUCAGUACUUACAUAAAAUAGUUUUCUUUAACUGUUCCCACCCCGUUUUUUUAAAAAAAAGAUUGCAAUACAUAGAUUUAAUUUUUUUUUUUUUAUUUUAUUUUUUUGCAGAAAAAUUGAAGCAAUAAAAAAGUCACCUGAUUUCUCAGGAAAGACCUUCAUGAUGUUUGAAUAACAAGUGCCAAUGUGCCACUCUUUAAAAGCAGCAUUUGGUACUUGGAAGUGGCAUUACAGUGCCCUUCCUCCAAAGUUAAGUUUUGCAUCUUGGAACUUUGCCUCCAAAUUGUAUUCACACCUGGAAUGUGGUGGAAUAACUGCAUAUCUGCUAUAAAUCAAGUGGAGCAGAUUUGUUUUCAAUACAAUAUCAACAAGCUGAAGGUCUUCCUGAUAUGUUACCUUGGAAGGUUAAAUGAAAGCAAAUUUAGUAACACUGAA